GGGAGUGAGCGAGUGAGAGAGGGAGGAAGAGAGAAAGAGAGGGAGCGUUAGCAAGCAAGUAACGUAAUUGACAAGGCUGCAAUGGUGAAAUAAACACGCUCGGCCAACGCACGGUUUUGUUGCACAAUUGCGAAAACACGGCGCUCUUUUUUUUGACGCAUCGAUAUAGCUUCCAAUUCGAUUUCCAGCAUUUCAGCACCAUCACCUAAUCACCCUUGGAAAUUAUGUUCCGAUCGGCGCAUAUCCAACCGGCAAGAUGAUGAUUUUACCAAGGAGAAGGUUAGAUUGUGUAGCCGAUUCGGUAGUAUUGGUGAUCUUCGUGGUCACCACUUCUCUUGGAACGGUUUUCGCCAAGGAUACGGCUUUUGUGGAAGUAGUGCUGUUUGAGUCAAGUCCAAAUGGAGAUUAUACCACAUACACGACCGGGUUGCAAGGACGAUUCUCAAAGGCAGGAGCCACUAUCAGUGCGGAGGGCGAGAUCGUUCAAAUGCACCCGCUCGGGCUGUGCAACAAUAACGAUGAGGAGGACCAGUACGAGUACGGCUGGGUGGGGGUGGUGAAGCUGGAGCAGCCUGAGCUGGACCCCAGCUGCCUCACUGUACUGGGGAAGGCGAAGCGUGCGGUUCAGAGAGGGGCGACUGCUGUCAUCUUUGAUGUGUCCGAAAACCCUGAUGCCAUCGAUCAGCUGAACCAGGUAUCUGAGGACCCACUCAAGAGGCCAGUGGUUUAUGUGAAGGGGGCAGAUGCUGUAAAGCUGAUGAACAUAGUCAACAAGCAGAAAAUGGCCCGCGCCCGUAUACAGCACCGACCGCCAAGGCAGCCUACGGAGUACUUCGACAUGGGCAUCUUCCUGGCCUUCUUCGUGGUGGUGUCGUUGGUUUGCCUCAUACUGCUCAUCAAGAUCAAGUUAAAACAGAGGAGAAGCCAGAGUUCUAUGAACAGGAUGGCCAUCCAGGCCCUGGAAAAGAUGGAGACGAGGAAGUUCAAAGCCAAGAUCAAAGGUCAGCGUGAAAGCAGCUGUGGGGCAUCCGAUUCGCUGAGCAGUAGCUCCACCUCCGACUGCGCCAUCUGCCUGGAGAAGUACAUUGACGGAGAGGAGCUGCGGGUCAUCCCCUGUGCCCACAGGUUCCAUAAGAAAUGUGUGGACCCCUGGCUCCUCCAGCACCAUACCUGUCCUCACUGCAGACACAACAUCAUUGAGCAAAAGAAGGGGAACCAGGGCCCUCUGUGCAUGGACCCAGGCAACCCCCUCCACGGCCGCCAGCAGAGGGUUGUCCUGCCUGUUCACUACCCAGGCAGGGUGCAGCGUACCGGGCAGGUGACGGCCUACCCCACCCGCACCUCCAUGGACCCCCACGGCAACCCCAUCACGGUGCUCACUGUAGACCAGCACCCGGACCCCCAGGGCCUCUUCCCUCCGCAGUCCACCCACGCCGGGGCCUUCCUCCGGGGCUACCACCCCCACGCCGCCGCCGUUCACCUGGACCACUCCCUCAACCCCCACCACUGUCUGGGCCUCAACCCCCCCACCUACCCCCAGCACCAGGCGCCGGCCCCCCACCACGGGGCCUUCAAGAGACCCAAGUUCCACGGGCGCAACUACUCGCGGGCUGCCUGCUACUCCCAGUACGAGACCAUGUACCAACACUACUACUUCCAGGGCCUGACUUUCCCCCAGCAAGGCGAGCUGGCCCAGGGGGCCGGGGGGGCGGCCGGGCCUACCGGCCCCCACAAGGCCCACCACAGCCGGGCCUUCCAGGGGGGCCUGCUCUACCCCACCGUGAUCCACAUGGCCCCGGGUUCCAGGGCAGCCGGGGGCGAGGCGGGCGGCGGGCCGUCUGGCCUCGGAUGCUACCACGGCCACCGGUCAGUGUGCAGCGGCUAUCUGGCAGACUGCCCGGGCAGCGACAGCAGCAGUAGCAGUUCCGGCCAGUGCCACUGUUCGUCCAGUGAUUCCAUGCUGGACUGCACCGAGGUCAGCAACCAGGGCGUGUACGGCUCGUGCUCCACCUUCCGCAGCUCCCUGAGCUCCGACUAUGACCCCUACGUCUACCGCAGUAAGAGCCCGUGCCGGGGCUCGCAGGGGGAGCCGGGGCACGCCUCAUCGGGGGCCUCGGCCGCAUGCCCCUCCACCGCGGAGGACUCCCUAACCCCGGCCCCGUCGGGGCCCUCAGGGUUUGUCCCCGGGGACCAGGUCUCCGGACGCAGCCCCGAGGCCAGUGGCAGCGAUGGCGUUUCGUCGGAACAGCCUGGGGAGGCCGGCACCACUAGCACUACCUCAGCCAGCCCUCAGGAGGGCGGCACGGACACGGGAAAGGGGGGGCGGAUCUUCGGGGAGCACGGCCCGGGGGGAGGGGGAGGGACGUGUAGCUGCUGUUUUGAGGUGGGGGGUCUCCAACCCAAUGCGGAGUGCCGCGGGCAGCCGGGGCAACAGGACUUGGAGAGGGCGGGGCCUCUGGCCUCCUCGGGGGUCGGCUGUCACAGGGGGUCAGAGAGCCAUCAGCAGAGCUCUACCACCCAGCCGCAGCAGAACUUUUACAGCCCCGGGGAGCGCCUGCCUGGCCCGUCGGAGCAGGGGGGCUACGAGGGGCUGCCCUGCUGUUUCUACAAGGAGAUGAACAUCCACCGGGCCACCGGAGGGCGCUACAGCGAGGACUUUGCCGUGAACGUGCAGUAUAACACGCACCACCCCACUGACUCGGAUGCGUUCUCGGGACCGGCCUGCUGCGGCGAGCUCAGCCAGAGAAUACCAAUAAUUCAUGAGGACACCGACUGUGAGUUGGGCUCGGGGGCAAAGACUCAGGGCGGCCUACUGCCAGCCAGCCUUGCUGUAGGGGAGGGGCAGGGGGGAGAGGCAUGGCCAGGGAUUUGGGGGCAGGCGGAGCCAGGCGAGGGGGGCUACUUUUCCUCGGGACAGUUCAGAAGUAAAACCUACCCCAACCAAGAGGAAGAGUCCAGGGCCCUGUUUCACCCGCAGAACUUAACUACAAACAAUGCUUUGGUAAACAGUACGCCUACAAACGAGGGGCUGGGAGUAUAAGGGGGUGUGGAACCUAAGGAAAUGGAAUUAAAAAACAACCUCUUUGGUGCCUAGCCAGCCAGUCAGUUGUUCAGUCAGUCAACAGACCCUCGGUUGCCUUGUUCUAAACCUUUGCUCGCGAGCCGAGCUCGAAAUGUUAUCACCCUAGAUUGGUAACUGUGUGGAUUUCUACUGAAAAAGAUAUACCUGGCGUAUCCAGACAUAUCCAGUUCAUUCCUGUGGCCACCAGCAACUCGACCCACACCAUGGCCACGAGGCGCUUCGCCAGCAGUUUGCGCAGGCUGAGAUAGAGUAUGAGGCCACAGCAUCAGGGUAAAAGUUCACAGUGGUUUGGUUCUAACAGUGGUUAGCGUGGCAGGGGCACAGCGUAACAUGUAGGAUACAAUCCUAUGCCAUUGGUGCCAGCCAGGCCCAGCCCGGAUCACAGGGCCCAUUAGGAAAUAAACUAACCGUGUUUGUGAGAUUUGGCGUUGUUUUCCUUCAUUAUAAUAAUAUUUUUUUAAGAAGGAAAAUAGUUUUACAGCUUGGAUAACAAGCUUCAUCAUACCACCAACUCAGAUGAAAUGUUAUGGAAGAAUACCAAAACAUAAAACACGGUCUAUUUUUAUUUGUUUUAUUUUUAGGGGGUAGGGUGACGAAUGGGAUCUUUGCUAGUUGGAGGAGUUCCAGGGUCCUAGUCAGACACACACUCUCACGGAAAAGACGAACUAAGCUACACAAACUAGAUCACAGCUCUUUCUCUGUUGAUGGUAUCCUCACUUAUUGGGGCGCAACAUUCUAGAACAGUGCAGACAGAAACGUAGACUCUGUUUGUUUUACAUAAUAGAGAUGUUACUGUACUGCUUGUUCUGCAUUUCACAUUUCUAUCUGCAGUGUUCAGAACAUUGUGCCUUUUAGAACACGCACCAGACCAACACUAAGCCUUAGGCCAGCGAGCCAUCCUUACUAUUUCAGGCAGGACUGUGUCACUUUUUAGUUAAAUAGAGGUCCACUUAGUGACAGGGUUACUCUGCGUUCUUAGAAAGACAUUUGGAAAUGUUUAAAGGAUUGGUUUUAUAUCAUUUCUAGAAGAAGCUCUUGUAUUUUACUAGUUACACAUCUAGCCUUGUCAAAAUGUAUACUCCUACAGAAAUGGUUUUACUAUUGUGUCCAAAAAGAGCUCUAAGGUAAAUAUUCCAUAAGACUAUUUUGUUUUAAAAGAGCUCUAAGAGAAAUGGUUCUAUAAGACUAUUUUGUUUUGAAAUAGCUCUUACAUGAAUGGUUCUACAUGACAAUUGUGUGUCUCUAAAGGCCAAAGGAAAAAUAGUAUAAUUCAGAAGAGAUCCCUUUUAUACUGUGGCUAGGUGCUAUUGUACAACAGUUACAAAAAAGUGUAUCUAAUUCAGUCUUUAUUUUCUUUUAUUAAUUAACAAAACACACAUCAUGCUCAAAAACAAUAUUGACCUUGUUUAUUCAUGGUUUCUUUCUGUUUGUUUUUUUACAGACUGUGUUCUACUGUUUCUAUGAAAUGUACCCAUUCUGUACACAGAGGCAAUCGUUUUGAAAUAACCAUAUUUAUAUGCUAACACAGAUCCCUAAUCAAUGGAAGAUGUUGAGAAUCUAAUCUUGCCUUUGCAUAUAGAUAUGUAUUGCAAAUUAACAUUUUGGGGUACAAGAGUCACUAUUUAAUUUUUUGUUUGUUUGUAGCACUUAAGAAGAUUGUA